UCGGUCAAUUGCAUCUAAAAUCCCAUUUGUAAAUGUGAAAAGGGUUUAAUAAUACGAUCAAAAGCUUUAAACUUUAUUAAUGGAAAAGAAUGAAAACAAAUCCGAAAUGGAUUUCAAGUGCAAGAUUUGGAAAAUUGGGGAUGGGGAACGUAAAGAUUGGAUCUUUUGGGUCAAUGUGGACCAAAAUCCCAGCUGCUCACCUUUUCUUUUUUCGGUUGUUGUCCACAACAAGAAGAAAUUCACGAUUGUAUAAAAUGUAUCAAGAUCGGCAGCUUCAUAUAUUGGAUUACCUCUUUGGCUCGUCUUCUUAGCCUGUAAUGACUCCAAUGGCUAAUUAUUAAGUGGGAAUGGGUAAAAGAAAACCAAAUUUGGUAUAUUUGUGACAAAUGAAUGCAGUAGUAUUUGUUGAUUCCAUCGGCUAGCCUAUUUGGUUUUGCUCACCGAGAGACUUUCUCUUUCCUCCACCGUUCUUGCUUACAAAUUCGCUGUCUCUCUUCUUCUCCUCUGCCUCCCUCACUCACCAAAGAUUCUUCCUUCUCCUCCUGCAUAUAAAUUGAUAAAUAAAUCUACAUCUCGAGCUACUACUCUUUUGAUAUCUUUCUCAAUCACCGUCGGUGGUCGGUGAAUGGCGCCGAGGACGAGGGACCUGCAGCUGACCGCCGUUGCCGGAAAAAGCUCGGACGACGACGCCGGUGAGGAGGAUAGGUUGUUGGGCGCCUACGACGAUGAGGGUUCUGACAACUUGCGCAGAAUUCAGGUGGGGGUGACUGGGAUGACGUGUGCAGCCUGCUCGAAUUCUGUGGAAUCGGCGCUCAGGAGCCUCGAUGGCGUCGUCACGGCCUCCGUCGCCUUGCUGCAGAACAAGGCUGACGUUUCAUUUAAUUCGUCCCUGCUCAAGGAUGAAGACAUUAUAAAUGCAAUCGAAGAUGCUGGGUUUGAUGCUGAAAUUCUACCAGAUCCAAGUGCAACUCGAUCUAAUCUACGACGGACCUUGAUAGGUCAGUUUACCAUAGGAGGAAUGACAUGUGCAGCUUGUGUAAAUUCUGUGGAAGGGAUUCUAAGGAACGUACCAGGUGUGAAAAAAGCUGUAGUUGCCUUGGCUACUUCUUUAGGUGAGGUUGAAUACGACCCAGCUUUUAUUAGCAAAGAAGAUAUAGUCAAUGCAAUAGAAGAUGCUGGUUUUGAAGCUUCAUUUGUACAGAGUAAUGAGCAGGAUAAACUUUUGCUUGGGAUUUCUGGAAUUGCAAGUGAAACUGAUGUACAGUUGUUAAAAGAAAUACUUUGCAACUUAAAGGGUGUGAGGCAAUUUUCUAUUGACCAAACAACACAAGAUUUGGAGAUUCAUUUUGAUCCGGAGCUUCUUGGUUCCAGAAAAUUAGUUGAUGAGAUUGAAAGUGCCAGCUCUGGAAAAUUAAAAUUGUCUGUAAAGAACCCUUAUGCUAGAAUGGCUUCUAAGGAUCUAGAAGAGUCAUCAAACGUGUUUCGGCUGUUUACUGCUAGCUUUAUUCUCAGCGUUCCCCUUCUUUUCAUGAGAGUCGUCUGUCCACGCAUACCUUUAUUGUAUUCUUUACUACUAAGGCGCUGUGGUCCCUUCCAAAUGGGUGAUUGGCUGAAGUUGGUUUUGGUAACUGUUGUUCAAUUUGUUAUUGGCAAGCGUUUCUAUGUUGCAGCCGGCAGAGCACUUAGAAAUGGUUCAACAAACAUGGAUGUCCUGAUUGCAUUGGGAACUUCUGCUUCAUACUUUUAUUCCGUAUAUGCAUUACUCUAUGGUGCAAUGACUGGGUUCUGGUCUCCAAGGUACUUUGAAACAAGUGCUAUGCUGAUAACUUUUGUACUUCUUGGAAAGUACUUGGAAAGCCUUGCCAAGGGGAAGACAUCAGAUGCUAUUAGAAAGCUUGUGGAGCUCUCUCCUGCAACUGCUACAUUGCUUAUCAAAGACGCGGGUAGAAACGUUGUUGGAGAAAGGGAAAUUGAUGCUUUAUUGAUUGAGCCUGGUGACCUUUUGAAGGUACUUCCAGGGACAAAGGUGCCUGCUGAUGGUUCUGUAGUAUGGGGUUCAAGUUAUGUGAAUGAGAGUAUGGUCACUGGUGAAUCUGCUCCGGUUCUGAAAGAGAUCAAUUCACCAGUUAUCGGGGGUACUAUCAACUUGCAUGGAUCGCUUCACAUAGAGGCCAACAAAGUGGGAUCUAAUACAGUUUUAAGCCAAAUUAUAUCUCUGGUUGAGGCGGCACAGAUGUCUAAAGCUCCCAUUCAGAAGUUCGCUGAUUUUAUUGCAAGCAUCUUUGUGCCGUCAGUAAUAACUUUGGCACUAUUAACAUUACUAGGAUGGUAUGUUGCUGGGGUUGUUGGAGCCUACCCUAAGGAGUGGCUGCCAGAGAAUGGCAAUUAUUUUGUAUUUUCCCUUAUGUUUGCAAUAUCAGUUGUUGUAAUUGCUUGCCCAUGUGCACUUGGGUUGGCCACCCCAACUGCGAUCAUGGUUGCAACGGGAGUAGGAGCUAAAAAUGGUGUGCUGAUAAAAGGAGGAGAUGCACUGGAGAGGGCGCAAAAGAUCAAGUAUGUCAUAUUUGAUAAGACUGGAACAUUAACCCAAGGGAAAGCCACAGUGACAACUGCAAAAGUUUUUUCAGGAAUGGAUCGUGGCGAUUUCCUUACGUUAGUAGCUUCAGCUGAGUCUAGCAGCGAACACCCAUUGGCCAAGGCUAUACUUGAAUAUGCACGCCAUUUCCAUUUCUUCGAUGACCUUCCGGAUACAAAGAAUGGUAACAACAAGUCUUUUGAAUGGCUUCUUGAUGUAACUGAUUUCUCUGCUUUGCCUGGACAUGGUGUGCAGUGCUUUAUUGAUGGAAAAAAGAUUUUGGUUGGCAACCGGAAGCUGAUGGCUGAGAAUGGCAUCACUGUUGCAGAGCACGUGGAGAAGUUUGUCGUGGACUUGGAAGAAAGUGCCAAGACGGGGAUACUGGUGGCCUAUGAUAAUGAUCUAAUUGGUGUUGUGGGGAUAGCAGAUCCACUAAAGAGGGAAGCUGCUGUGGUCAUCGAGGGCCUCAAGAAAAUGGAUGUGGUUCCUGUCAUGGUCACCGGUGAUAACUGGAGAACUGCUCAAGCUGUGGCCAAAGAGGUGGGCAUUACAGACGUGAGGGCAGAAGUGAUGCCGGCUGGAAAAGCUGAUGUUGUGCGGUCACUACAAAAAGGGGGGAGUUUGGUAGCAAUGGUGGGUGAUGGGAUCAACGACUCUCCUGCUCUGGCGGCGGCAGAUGUAGGCAUGGCGAUAGGAGCAGGGACGGACAUUGCAAUAGAGGCAGCUGAUUAUGUGCUGAUGAGGAGCAGCUUGGAAGAUGUGAUAACAGCUAUAGAUCUUUCGAGGAAGACCUUGCAGCGAAUCCGACUGAAUUAUGUGUUUGCGAUGGCGUACAACAUAGUUGCCAUCCCAGUAGCAGCCGGGCUUCUGUAUCCCUCUCUAAAAAUCAAGUUGCCGCCGUGGGUAGCCGGAGCCUGCAUGGCUUUAUCAUCUGUAAGUGUUGUGUGCUCAUCUCUGCUGCUCAGGAGAUACAGAAGACCCAGGCUUACAACCUUAUUGGAGAUCACUGUAGAGGACUAGUACUAGCUGUUUUUCAAAAUAUUGUCUUUGAGUGAGAGAGAGAGAGAGGCAGAGUUGCCAGUUUUAUCGGGUGAUUUUGAUCUCCCUAUUCUUGUGUAUUAUUAUUAAACAGGUAAAUGUAAAUGAGAUGCAUUGUCUUGUUCUUGUAGGAUAUAAUACGAGAUCUUCAAAGGGUGUUUUAACUCCACAUUUUAAAGAUUAUAUAUAGUUAUGAUUAUGAAACCAA